AUUCGAACAAGUAGCUCAAGAUGUCAUAUAGUCUUAGGCACCAUGACAAGCCCUCACAGGGUUGGGGUUGGGAUACCUCCACUGAUUUCCGAGUCUAUCAUGUCACAGUUUACUCAACACCGAGGGAACUUCCUCAAUAUCCGAAUGUUCGCCCCACCUAUGAUGAUGAAGAGGAGCAACGUCGUCUCGAUGCUCUGACGACUCGAAUGGAGAAACAUAACCACGUUGCUGCUGCUCCUGCUCAUGUUGAGAAGCUUGAACCUGAUUGGCAAGUUGAUGAAGAAGAUGUUAAUGAAGAAGCUAAGGAGUUUAUUGAAACGAAGCGGAAGAAGUUUACAAGCAGGUUGAUGUCCAUGCAAGUUGGCUAAGAGUAUGUGUACAAACAUGCCAUAGGGCCAUAAGUAUAUAGUUUGUAUGCUAAGCCAAAUAACAUGUCAAAAGCUUCUCUAGUUGUUUUUGAAACACAUGUAUGUUAGUGAUUUCAUAUAUAUCUUCAACACCAUAUAUACAUACAUAUAUAUAUAUAUAAUAGAAAUCUGUUCAUAUA